AUGGAUUCCAAUCCAUAUUUGAAUUUAAAUUUUGUUGAUCUUCUUCAAAGUCAACAAGAUAGUGACAUAGGUUUAGAAUUUUCUCCCAUUCCUUUAUAUGGCACGCAAGCCACUGAAGGUUCUAACUUCGAGCAAGAGACUCCACUGGAGCGCAAAGAACGGAGGGCUUGGACGCCAACAGAUGAUGUGGUCCUCAUCAGCUCUUGGUUAAACACCAGCAAAGACGCUGUUGUUGGGAACGAGCAAAAGUCUGUAGCCUUCUGGCAGAGAAUAUCAGACUACUUUGCUGCUAGUCCAAAGCUUGCAGGCCGUGAAAGAAGAGAGCCAUUGCACUGCAAGAACCGGUGGCACAAGAUCAAUGAUCUUGUCUGCAAGUUCUGCGGAGCGUAUGAAGCCGCAGUCAGAGAGAAAACUUCAGGCCAAAAUGAGAAUGACAUUGUCAAACAAGCUCACGUGAUCUUCUUCAACAACUAUAAAAAAAAAUUUACUCUGGAACAUGCAUGGAAGGAGCUUCGGCAUGACCAAAAGUGGUCUGUUCUAUCUAUGGAGAGAAACAAUAAAAAGAGAAAAGUUGAGGACGGUGCUCAAUCCUCAACGUCUCACGUACCUGACGAUGUGAGUGGUGAAGCGUUUGAGGGAACGGCUCGGCCCCCUGGUGUAAAGGCUGCCAAGCGCGGUGGUAAGAAGCCAAUGGAAGAGGGGAAGAGGGAAAAGGAGUGUGAGCGGAUUUGGACCAUGAAACAAGAGGAUUUGUGUAGAAGAGAAAAGCUCUCCAAGAUAGGUCUUCUUGACCGUCUACUUGCAAAAAUAGAGCCACUGCCUGAGUAUGAAGAAACGCUUAAGAAGAAGCUAAUUGCCGAGUUGUUCUCCAUUUAG